AUCCCUCCUGCCGGGAAGCGCACUCCUGAUUACCCCACAGGAUUGGCUGCUAUUCGCCUCUCCUUCUCCGGCAGGGCUUCGCACCCGCUCGGUCAUUUCCCUCUCCCCUUCCUUAGCGUCGCUACUGCCAUAAGGAUAUAUUCCCUCGUUUAGGAAAGUGAGCUCAAAGGGAGUGCCAACGGAGCAGAAGUGGCAGACGUGCAGAUGGAUGUCAAGACCAUGGCAGUGCCACCUUGGAUAAUUUUUCACUGCUGUGAAAUGGCAGGCUCAGGCCUGGAGACGUUCCUACUCCACCUAAUCUUAAACAUGAGCAACUAAAAGAGAAGAGGGAGCCCAGCAGAUCUUAUUCAGGAAAAAUUCCCCAAACUCUUCUAGUCAGUGGGAGUUUCACACCAUGAAAGGCCACAAGAUGAGUGUGCUCAUCUUUCCCUGUCUGCCCAGUCCUGCCCAGAGGUGAGGUACUGGAUCUCAGUGCAGCAGCUUCCCUCGUGCCUUGGAGAGGAAUUGCAGCACAAUGGCUGCGUUCCCUGUCCUGGAGCAAGAAGCAUUAUUCCGGAACGGUACCUGGAGCUAUCGAAUUCCAGCCCUGCUCUACCUGCCACGGUUCAGCAUGAUCCUGGCCUUUGCUGAGGAACGAGAGGACCUAGUGGAUGAACAUGCCAAGCUGAUAGCCAUGCGCAGAGGCGUGUAUGACCCAGCCACGCAGCACGUUCAGUGGAAAAGGAUGGAGACCCUUGUCAGUGCACAGCUUGAAGGCCACCGAUCUAUGAACCCCUGCCCGGUAUAUGAUGAAGUCUCGGGGAAACUCAUCUUGUUCUUCAUAGCCGUCCCAGGAAAGAUCUCUGAGCAGCAUCAGCUGAGGACAAAAAUCAACCUGGUACGUCUCUGCUACGUCACUAGCAUGGACCAAGGACGCACCUGGAGCACUGCCCAGGAUGUCACCGACAGGACCAUUAGGAAUGAGUACAAGAACUGGGCCACAUUUGCGGUGGGUCCAGGUCAUGGAUUGCAAUUGCUCAAUGAGGCCCGGAGCCUUGUGAUUCCUGCCUAUGCCUAUCGUAUCUUGGACCCCAAGCAACACCCCACCCCUCAUGCCUUCUGCUUCAUCAGCUCUGACCAUGGGAUAACAUGGGAGAAGGGGAACUUUGUGGGGGAGGAGAGUGCAGUGGAGUGCCAGGUAGCAGAGGUGCAUACCUGUGGCAGAAAGGUCCUUUACUGCAAUGCAAGGAGCAACAGGGGAGCCAGGAUCCAGGCUGUCAGCUACAACCAUGGGCUGGACUUCGAGGGAGGCCAGCGGGUUGAAAUGCUAAUAGAACCUCCCUCGGGAUGCCAUGGAAGUGUUACUGCCUUUCCACCUCCCCCGGAUGCCAGAUGUCAAGAUAGUUGGUUACUCUACGCUCAUCCUACAGACCCAAGGGGUCGAAAAGAUUUAGGAAUUUACCUCAACAAAAGCCCUUUAAAUCCAGCACACUGGACAAAACCCAGCAUACUCUUCAAGGGCCUGUGUGCUUAUUCGGAUCUGCAGUACAUGGGCGUUGGGCCUGAUGGCUCACCUUUGUUCUCCUGCCUCUUUGAAUAUGGGACCCACAGACAAUGUGAAGAGAUUAUUUUUGUCAUGUUCACCUUGAAGCAAGCCUUUCCCUCAGAACACUGAGUCUCAAGCCUUUCCAUCAGCAUCCUUCCAAAAACCAUCUUUGCUGAUGCUUUUUACUGUCAUUUCUCAUCCCUUAGCAAAAGGGUAUUUUUUUACUCCUGCUGCACACAUAGUUUGGUGUUGGCUUGUUGUGUCUGUAGAUUGUGAAGUCCAUUAAACAUACCACAACACA